ACUGAGCACUGGAGAUCAGGGUUGCUUUCACCGAAAAGCCCAUCCUGUCACACCCAGUCCUGGUUUCAGCACGGCUGGAUCUCAGCAAUCCCUCCUGUAUCUGGCACCUUAUCAUCUCCACAUCCCCUGUUUAAUUGCAUGGUUUGCUUUGAAAAGCACUGAUCCUAUUGAAACCAUCAUUUACCAGAAUUGAUCUCAGACUGUUUCCCCACCCUUUCCCUCCAGUCAUUAAGAUGUCCCAUACUUGGAAUUCCUGUUGCAUUCAGCCAAUAUCUUAUGUUGUGUGCAUCACGGCUCCUGGGGUCCUUGCAGUGCAAAAACAGUUGUGUCUAACGUUCCUGCCCUGGGUGUUGUUAUGUGGACAAUCUUGUUCUGCAGGUAUUCAGCAGAUCUCCGAAAGGGAAAGUAUUUUGAACCGGGGACUACUGGGUCGGGACAGGCAUCCAGUGAACAGGCUGAAGGUUUAUUCCAGGAGGUAGUUUGUGCCCUCUGCCUUGAUUUCUUCACCACUCCGGGUAGUUGCGUCCUGGCAAGUCAGGCGGAGAAGGCUGAAGAAUUGAACCUGAAUUGGAACAAGAUGGAGAUGAGAUCUCAGUGUGAGAAACAUCGGGAGGAACUGAAGCUGUUUUGUGACACGGACAAGCAACUGGUCUGUGUGAUUUGUAGAGACGCGAGAGAACACAGGUCUCACAGCUUCAUGCCGAUUGAAGAAGCUGUUGAGAUUUACAAGUGUCAAGUUAAAUCGUCGUUCGAAUCUCUGACAGGGAAGAAAUCUGCCAUCCAGGAGAUGGAACAGCGACAGAAACAGAAGAUUUCUGGAGUGAGGGAACAGUCACACAGUCUGCAGGCCAACGUCACAUCUGAAUUUGCUAAAAUACACCAGGUUCUGGCUGAGAGAGAGCAGCGCCUACUGAGUGAUCUCAGGGCAGAGGAGGAGAAGAUUCUGAACACCAUGGAGAAAAAUCUUCAGGAGAUUGAAGAGAAUUUAACCUCUGUAGAGGAGAAACUCUCCAAGUUACAGGAAUGGAUGAAUGAGGAAGACAGUGCGACGUUUCUGAAGGAGGAGUUGUGUCAGGACAGGAGGGUUAGUGAGGAAGCUCCGACAUUGUCUGUAACAGAAGGUGCCGUAACCAUCGGAGAAUUCAGGGACACGAUAUUGAGAGGGAUGUUUGAUGCCAUGAAGCAAGUCUACAAGACUCUGGAUGUGGAAUCGGCCAGGCUGUCCAUCAAGGUACCGGAGGAUCUGAAUGGUGUGAGAGGGACCGGGACCCAGAAGAGUCUCCCUGACACCGGGGACAGUGAGGAGUACAAUAAACUUGGAGAUUGGGAAGUGAGACUGUUGUCUGAGGCUCUGAGGGAUCCGGAGUGUAAAAUACAGAAACUGGGGUUGACAGCUGAUCGUUUCACAUCUGAGUUUGAGCACUUCAUCUCCGCUCUCAGUACAAACCGCUCACUGAGAGAGGUGGAGCUGGACCUGAGCGAAAAUAAACUGGGAGAUUGGGGAGUGAAACUGUUGUCUGAGGCUCUGAGGAACCCGGAGUGUAAAAUACAGAAACUGGGUCUACGGUCUGUCGGUCUCACGGCUGCUGGUGUUGUGGAUCUUGCAUCUGCUCUCAGUACAAACUGCUCACUGACGGAGCUGGACCUGACUAAUAACGAACUGGGAGAUUCAGGAGUGAAACUGGUGACGAAGGCUCUGAGGAACCCGGAGUGUAAAAUACGGAGACUGGGUCUACGGUCUGUCGGUCUCACAGCUGCUGGUGGUGUGGAUCUCACCUCUGCUCUCAGUACAAACUGCUCACUGACGGAGCUGGACCUGGCUAAAGAUAAACUGGGGGAUUCAGGAGUGAAACUGGUGUCUGAGGCUCUGAGGAACCCGGGGUGUAAAAUACAGAAACUGUGUCUAGAUUCUGUCAGUCUCACAGCUGCUGGUGUUGUGGAUCUCGUCUCUGCUCUCAGUACAAACCGCUCACUGACAGAGCUGGACCUGGCUAAUAAUGAACUAGGAGAUUCAGGAGUGAAACUGGUGUUUGAGGCUUUGAGGAACCCAGGGUGUAAAAUACAGAAACUGGGUCUACGGUCUGUUGGUCUCACAGCUGUUGGUGUUCUGAAUCUCACCUCCGCUCUCAGUACAAACCGCUCACUGACGGAGCUGGACCUGGGUGGUAAUAAACUGAGAGAUUCAGGAAUGAAACUGGUGUUUGAGGCCCUGAGGAACCCAGAGUGUAAAAUACAGAAACUGAGUCUACGGUCUGUCGGUCUCACAGCUCCUGGUGUUGUGUAUCUCGCCUCUGCUCUCAGUACAAACCGUUCACUGACGGAGCUGGACCUGGCUGAGAAUGAACUGGGAGAUUCAGGAGUGAAACUGGUGUCUGAGGCUCUGAGGAACCCGGGGUGUAAAAUACAGACACUGGGACUCCGGUGGACUGGCCUCACAGAUUCUGGCAUCGAGGAUCUAGUCUUUGCUCUGACUACAAAACACUCACUGAGGGAAUUGGAACUGGAUUGGAACACACUCACAGACCGAUCUGUCUCUGUUCUCCACCACCUCAUACUGACCCAUCAAAGUCUGGAGCGGAUUGUGCUGAGGGGGAAUCGGUUCAGUUCACACAAAAAGCAAGAGCUGAAGACUGUGGAGGGAACCAGACCCGGACUGAGAGUGAUCUUCUGAACAUCCCACUGUGUGUACAUUACCACCUCUGGGAUCAGAACUUUUCUCUCCCAUUUCCCACCCUCCCCUUUCAACCCGAACAUCCCAGCUGGAACUGAGCAAGUCUCUUGUGAUGACGUUGGAGGCCCUGCCCUGGGACCUGUGAAUCGGCCGCUCGGUCCCAGCGUGGUGCUUCCAUUGGAUGUCCAUGACUGGAUGUUGCCCGGUGCGCGGGCGGGUCAGUCUCACUCAGUGUCCCUCGGACUGGGCUGAUCUCGGGAGGGAAUCUCUGGGGGUGAAGCAGCAGAGUGAACUGGGACUGGAACCGUCACUGCACCCUGUUCGGUAGCUGGCGAUGGAAGGAGUGAGUCGACUGGGCCAAUAAAUGAUCAGCAAUCUCUGUCGUGUGUUAUAGUUUGAUAAGUAGCAAUGUCCCAAAUGAUGAAUGACAGCGAUCCACAGGGCUGGUUACACAGGGGAUCAGCAGGAUUAAUGUGUUACUGAACGUUCUGCAGGAAUUCUGUCCCAUACACUAUUCAUCAUCAUGAUGUGGCGUAUGAUGUGGGCGAUCGUGGUCUUUCAUCUGUCUUUAAUCUCUUGUUCUUAUUCUUCUCCCCAUCUCUGACCCUGAAUCUUCUUGGCAAGAUUUUUCUUCAGGGGUGGUUUGCCCUCCUUCGGGGCAGUGUCUUUACAAGAUGGGUGAUCCCAGGCAUUAUCGAUACUCUUCAGAGAUUGUCUGCCUGGGGUCAGUGGUUGCAUAAUCAGGACUUGUGAGAUGUUCUGGCUGCUCAUACGGCUUCACGUGACCCUGAUCGGGGGCUGAGCAGGUGCUACACCUUACCCAAAGGUGACCAGCAGGCGAGCAGAGGGAGGGAGUACCUUACACCUCCUUUGGUAGAGAUGAAUCUCCAACUCCCUCCCAAAACACAAUUAGACCAGGCUUUUAUUUUACAGUUUAAUAUGCAGAGACUAUCGUGUGA